AUGGGCGGACUGAUUCUGAAGAAAGACAACGCAGCGCAUUCAAGACAGUCAUCUUUCGCUACAAGCUUUGCUUCGGACGAGGAUGGCGCUGUGCAUACGGCUGAGAUGCCCACUGAGGAUAAAAAGCAAGAUAGCCAGGUUCCCUCUGUCCGUUUACCCCCAACCUCGGAGGAGGCUAUCUCUUCACCUGGAAAUGCGGAUUCAGGGAUUGUCCAGAACUUGUCACCGUCGCCCUCCCCAUUCGCAUCGCCGUCACGACAAGGCGAAAAUGUGGAAGAGGGGAAAGAACCUAACUCUCAGAGUGCUCUAGUUCAGGGCAAGGCUCUACAAGCUGAUGAAGCAAGAAAGGGCAAACCCACAGAGGGUCCUACUCCAAUAUCUCGUAUCAACAAGCUGGAUGUUAAUCCGUCGAGGAUUAAGUCAGACAAGGUUCUCAACUUUGGGCCGGAGCUCCAUACUGUCCACGAACAAAUCAAACGAGGUCAAAUCAAAGAUUCAACAGUGCCCUAUAGUCUGACCCGCCCUCCUGUCACUGGUCUCGCACAAGCAAAGGCGUCCCACAGCCCUGCACCAAGGAACAGACGCCGAGAUCUGACCCCUCAGGGACAGUCAAGGAGCUGGAGCAUCUCGGAACGCAGCAUUGCCACGUCGGCUAGUUCUGGUAUUCCUGCUAAGCGGGAGGUUGAGCGAUCUCGAGCUCUUCUACUUUCAUCGGGUAUCAAAGCACGGGAGAUCACUAGGAGAGCUGAGAGCGUGCGAAGUCCACCCCCGGAGUUCCUUCGGAAAGCGUUUGGGUCUGACUUGCCGACGCCAACGGUUCCUCGACUACGCGAAUACGAUGUAGCCGUGGACAGUCUGCUCAAGAAGUUUGAACGAUCACACGAGCGGUUCCAGAAGACGAUGAGCAACUAUCCCGGGACUGAUCUCACAUCUUUGAAAUCCCAAUUGACCAUGCUUGAGAAUUUGGUCAACAAUUCGCUAAACCCGCGUGUUCGAGCGGCGGCCGAUGAUGCUGAGAACCUCAGCGUCCAGCUUAACACUACAAGUACCCUUGCCGUCAAGCAGCUCAGCGAUACUCUCGAUAAGGGCGUCCGCAAGCGCCAUCGCCGCCUGCGCUGGAUCCGACGGACCGGCUUUGUUAUGCUGGAAUGGGCGCUUGUUGGGGUGCUCUGGUGGGUAUGGCUGAUCGUGAUGAUCUUCAAAGCAUUCCGUGGCGUUCUUCGAGGGGUGAUAUCCGGUGUCCGGUGGAUUUUAUGGCUGUAG